CACGCAACUUACCCGGACUGAUUUGCUAAGCUAAGGCGCUAGGCAAUUGUGUAGCUUGUGAAGCUAGGUGCGACACUUUCGCGCCAUCGGCAACCUCCUUGCAGUUCGCGAACCCAAGCUUUAUACCGGUAGCCAAAGAUAACAAGCAUGAUUCCUGGCUUAAAAUGUAGGACAGCAGCGUCUGGCUCCUUGGGAGGGAGAUACUGUUGACCCUGACUAGCUCUGCCAGAGACACACAAGUUUAGCCCUUUAUUUUUGGACAAUUUCAUUUAGACAUAUUGCCGAAAUGGCGCUUCACAACUCCGCAAACGUUAUGUAUUUAGAAAGUUUUAUUGAGAGUACCGGUGUCCUUCCCACGGAGCUGCAGCGCAUUCUAAACACCAUAAAGGCCCUUGACGAGAGAUGUAAUGACCUCUCGGCGGACAUCCAGGCCAACGUCCAACUACUCUUGGUCAUGCCGCCUGCGUACCAGCAGCAGACACAAAAUCCAGAAUACGAGGAGUUGUCAUCGCGGGUAGCGGCAAGCCAGAAGCUCUUGGUCCAGUUCGCGGAGGAGAAGGUGCAGCUUGCGCAGCAAGCGCAUGACCUGCUGGAGGUGCACGCACUGGAGCUCGAACGUGUGACCGACGACCUGGACAAGGAGCUGCGAAAAAACAAUCCGGAUGGCGGGCUCGACUACCUGCAGGACUUUGCGCUAGACACCACGCGUGGCAAGACGCCGCGCCUGGAGGAAUUCAACAUGUCGCUGCAGCAGGAGCUGCAGCUGCAGCCGCCUGCGCCCGCGCCGCCACCCAAGAAGUCCGCUGCCGCGGCGAACGUGGCCAGCAAGGGCAAGCGGCCGCGGGAUGAGGACGGCGGCGGGGGAGGCGGUGGUGGUGCCGCUGCCCCGCAAGCGCAGCAGUCCAAGAAGAAGGCCUCGGUGGCUGCCAUGCAGCUUACCACGCAGCCCUCCAGCUUCGAGGAGUACCCCAUCGAGUCGCUGCCGGCCUACGAGGAGCCGGUGGCCACGGAGGCGCCCGUGGCCUUCAUGCGGCCGCCGCCUGCGGGCUACAAGCCGUCCUCCACCCGCCCGCAAGCCGCCACGGGGGGUCUGGUGCGCUACCUGUGCCCCGAGGACAUCCGGGAGGACCUGGUGGGGCGGCACGCGGAGCUGUUCUGGCCGGAUGACAACCUGUGGUACCUCAUUGAGAUACAGGAGGUGUUGGUGGCCAGCCGAGAGGCCAGGGUGCUGUACUCCACGGGCGACAUGGAGACCCUCAAUCUGGAGGAGACGGCAAGGGACAUGCACAUGGUGCUGAUCCCAGAUCAGCUGUACGGAUGAAGCCUCGCGCCGCGGCAGGAGGUUGGCUUCCCGUGUCGCCAGUCACAAGCAGCGGGACGAGGCGCCUAUUGAGAGGAGGGGCUGCACACCAAGAGGCGCGCAAGCACAAGAGGGGCUAACGAACAAUGCUGCACGCAUCUUGUCCGUACGCCAUCGAAAGCCUCCUUCCCAGUGGAGC